GGGAGCGAGAGAGAGGACAAGUGGGAUUGCUGCUGAAUUGUGCAGAGAUCGUCGUCGUCACUGAUCACUUACGAAUCCUUCUUCUUAUAUUUUCCCUAAAUCGUCUUCUUCUUCUCCGGAGACCAAAUCGGGAUUUUUAUUCGCCGUGGAAUUAAAAAAAAAUGCCGGAAGAUUCAACGUCGAUUGACUAUGUCAUGGAGAAGGCAUCGGGGCCUCACUUCUCCGGUCUUCGCCUCGACGGUCUUCUCUCUUCUCCGUCGAAAUCAUCCGUCUCUUCUCCUUCUCACUUCCGUUUGAGUAAUUCAUCUUUUUCGGCUACCGACGAUCCCGCCGCUCCUAAUCAGCCCUUCGUUAUCGGAGUUACUGGUGGUACUGCUUCUGGUAAGACGACGGUAUGUGACAUGAUUAUACAGCAACUUCAUGAUCAUCGCAUUGUUCUAGUUAACCAGGAUUCCUUUUACCGUGGUCUGACAUCUGAAGAACAGGAGCAUGCACAAGAAUACAAUUUCGAUCAUCCUGAUGCCUUUGAUACUGAGCAGCUUUUGCAUUGCAUUAACACACUCAAGAGUGGGCAACCUUAUCAAAUUCCAAUUUACGACUUCAAGACCCAUCAACGUAAAUUAGAUGCGUUCCGUCAGGUCAAUGCUUGUGAUGUCAUUAUUUUGGAAGGGAUUCUGGUUUUCCAUGACUCACGAGUUCGGGACCUGAUGAAUAUGAAGAUCUUCGUUGACACAGAUGCUGAUGUGAGGCUUGCUCGCAGAAUCAGGCGUGACACAGUUGAGAGGGGUAGGGAUGUUGAUUCUGUGCUUGAACAGUAUGCAAAGUUUGUGAAGCCUGCGUUUGAUGAUUUUGUGCUCCCCUCAAAGAAAUAUGCUGAUGUGAUCAUUCCCAGAGGAGGUGACAAUCACGUUGCAGUUGAUUUGAUUGUGCAACAUAUUCACACAAAACUUGGGCAACAUGAUCUCUGCAAAAUCUACCCAAAUGUUUUUGUUAUCGAAUCAACAUUUCAGAUAAGAGGCAUGCAUACACUUAUUCGAGAGAAGGACAUAUCAAAACAUGACUUUGUUUUUUACUCUGAUCGCCUCAUUCGUUUGGUUGUGGAGCAUGGUCUUGGCCAUUUGCCAUUUACUGAGAAACAAGUAGUUACUCCAACAGGAUCUGUGUAUAGCGGUGUUGAUUUCUGCAAGAAACUCUGUGGGGUCUCAGUCAUUCGAAGUGGUGAAAGCAUGGAAAACGCAUUACGCGCAUGUUGCAAAGGUAUUAAGAUAGGGAAGAUUCUCAUCCAUCGUGACGGCGACAAUGGAAUGCAGCUUAUAUAUGAGAAGCUUCCAAGUGAUAUUUCUGAGCGUCAUGUCCUGCUUCUAGAUCCCGUUUUAGGCACAGGUAACUCUGCAAAUCAGGCUAUAGAACUACUCAUACAGAAAGGAGUACCUGAAGCCCACAUUAUAUUCCUCAACCUCAUCUCGGCGCCAGAAGGAAUCCAUUGCGUUUGCAAACGGUUUCCAAAGUUGAAGAUAGUGACGUCAGAAAUAGAUCAGUGUCUGAACGAAGAGUUCCGGGUUAUACCAGGCUUGGGUGAGUUUGGUGAUCGCUACUUUGGUACUGACGAGUAGAAGAAGUACCAAAGUGUGUUUGUCAAAUGGUUAUUGUGUGUGUGAAUGGGAAGUGUUGAUCUUUGUCCAAAGAUUCUUCACGGACUUCGUUUUCUAUUUUUUUUUUGUUUCCUCUGCUGGGAAGCUUCUCGGUUACUUAGUUCAUAUCCGACGCUAUUUCACUAACAACAUUAGCAUAGCUUUUGUUAAGAACCAUUUGUGUUUCCACAAGAAACCUUCGAAAUUUCAUAAAAUGUUCAUUUUUACACU